AUGAUCAAGUACUACCUCAAGGCACUAGCGUCUGGUCGUAUAUCAAAGUGUGAUUUGGGGCAAGACAAUGCUGAGAUCAAGUCUACAAUGGGAAACGGUACGACAGGCGAACCACUCUCUCGUAGGAUGCAUGGCAGAAUCGGACUCGACAUUCCAGAAUCUCUCAACCAAAGACUAGAACAGGUCGGGUGUCGCGCCAAAGAAGGAGAGGGAAGUCCGAACUUCAAGUGUUUCGUGAGCACGACUGGCUUCAUGGGCCUCGUAUAUCCUGACGCACAGCCCGGAGACGGCAUCGUCAUCUUGUUUGGACUAGAGAUGCCCUUUGUAGUCCGACCAGAUGCUGAACACGGGCAUUAUCAGCUCAUCGGCGAAUGUUUUGUCCUAGGUCUAAUGGAGGAUGAAGCCAUGGAAGGACUAGAGGAUUCGCAGGUGGAAGACAUUUACCUGUGUUGA